AUGGAGCGCCUGCCGGAGGAGCUCCUCGUACACGUUGUCUCGCUCACGUCGCCCCCAGACGCCUGCCGCGCGGCCGCCGUCUCCCGGGCCUUCCGCGCCACGGCGGACUCCGACGCCGUCUGGUCCUUCUUCCUGCCCCGUAACCUCCCCCGGUUCGCCAAAGGCGAGCUCCCCUGCAAGCCGACCUCGAAAAAGGGGCUGUUCCGACGCCUCUCCGACCACCCAGCUCUCCUCCCACACAAGUUAGUGAGCAUGCAGCUGGACAGGGCUACCGGUGCCGAGCGCUUCACGAUUUCGGCGAGGGCGCUGCAGAUUCCGCGCUGCAACGGCUUGCACCGGGCCCGUGCAUGUUCACUUCCGAACUGCAGCAAAGAAGACAAAAGGUUUCAAGCCGUCUCCAAUCUCAUGCUCAGGUUCUUCUCCGAAGCCGCUCAGUUCUGUCGCGUCAAUGAGUUGGAUAUCCGGGCCAAGAUACAGAGGAAGAUGCUCUCGCAAAACACAACGUAUGCAGUAUACCUGGUGUUCAAGUUAGCAUAUGUAUACUCUGGGUUCGAUUUCCCGCACGAGGUGGCAUCCGUUGGCUUUGCCGGGAGGGAGUCGACCCGGCAAGUUUGCGUGCAAGGCUACGUCGACGAUGUGGAUGGGGCUGACAGUCCGCCUCGGAAACACAUCUUUCAAGGUUGCACAGGGGGUCUUAGUCGUGACGCAAUUCCUUCCAGAGAGGAAGUUCAUUUCCCUCGUGAGAAAGCCGACGGCUGGAUGGAGGUGGAGUUGGGUGAGUUCCAUAACGAGGAGGAUGACGAUGGUGGCGAGGUGUCCAUCAGCUUCAUGGGAGAAAGCAAGUCUGGUCUUAUCGUGCUGGGCAUUGAGCUCAGAAGUAAGCAACAAAAGCCAACAUAA